GCCACCGUGAUAUCGAAAACUUUUCUGCGCCUUCCAAGCAUUCCGUUCUAGUACGAGAUCAUAACUAGUGAACCAAGUGCCAGAAGUGAAGUGAUUGUUUGUGGCAUACCGCACGAGCAUCGCAUGGAAAGCCAUUACUUGGCAAGAUUCGCCAUACACUUCCUUAUCGGAGGCGUCAAGGACGUGAUAUAGCGGACAUCCAGCGUGCAAAAACGCACCCCAAGAAUCUGCGAAGCUGAUUUUCGGCUCAGAAAUAACCGAUGCUUAAUGGACACGUUCCGACCUGCAUAUUUAAACAGUUCCAAAUUACCGUUCGUUGCCCUCAUACUUCUCCGCAUACUACUAUGGUCCAGAACGAUGAAGUCGAUGAUAUUCCCGUCGUUGUCACGAAAGUGCAAGAUGUCGAACGUCCUUACUCUAUAUUUACGACUUCCGAAAAAUGGGUCAUAGUUUCUCUUGCGUCCAUAGCAGGUUUGUUCAGCCCGUUGACAGCUUACAUAUACCUUCCUGCCCUGCCAAUGAUCGCGACUGCGUUCCACAAGACUGUCGAACUCACCAACCUCACGGUGACGGUUUAUCUGGUGUUUCAGGGUGUAUCUCCCAUGUUCUGGGGCACUCUCGCAGAUCGCAUGGGCAGGCGACCAACGUCGCUUGGAUGUUUGUUUGUUCUUAGCAUUGCUUGCAUCGGUCUUGCGUUCGUACCGACAUCAUACUUCUGGCUGUUGAUGGUUCUCCGAUGUCUCCAAGCAAUUGGUAGUGCUAGCACGCUCACGAUCGGCGCUGGUAUUAUCGCAGACAUCGCUACACCCGCGGAGCGAGGUGGUUUCUUUGGCAUCUUCACAAUGGGUCCACAGGUUGGACCCGCGUUAGGACCUGUUGUAGGAGGCGCUCUUGCGGAUAAACUCGGAUGGAGAUCUAUUUUCUGGUUCCUGUGCAUCUCAAGUUCAGCGUGUUUUAUUGUCAUGGUCGCGUUCCUCCCGGAGACCUUGCGUAGCCUCGUCGGAAAUGGUAGUAUCCUUCCGCCUAUCCAAUAUCGUCCUCUGUUAUCCUUAAUGGGGCGUGGCCGUAAGGAUCCUGAGGUGGAGUGUCCGCCUGCUCGUAAAUCUCCCAACCCUUUUCAUCUGUUCGCAUGCGUCGACAUCUUGAACCUUCUGGUUUUCAAUGGCAUUCAAUACGCGGUGUUUACCGCCAUCCUGGCUACCAUAUCUUCAUUGUUCAAUAAAAACUACCCUCAACUGUCGGAGACGGACAUUGGGCUUUGUUACCUGGCCUCUGGAGGCGGGCUUGCGCUGGGCGCAAUAUUCAGUGGCAAGCUCAUGGACUGGGACUUCAGGAAGACGAAGGAACAUCUCACUCGUAAUUUUACGCCAGAGAAGGGUAUUUCAGAUGGUAUCAUAGACGAGGAUGAUUUUCCGAUCGAAGCCACGAGGCUGAAGAGAUUGCCACUCUGGAUGAUCAUGUUUUGCGCAGCCUGCGUUGGGUAUGGCUGGUGUCUCCAAGCGCGAACGACCAUUGCAGCACCUCUGGUCCUCCAAUUCGUCAUUGGAUUUUCAGAAAUCGCUAUGCUCACUACCAUUCAAACGCUUUUAGUCGAUCUUGUACCGUCACAAGGCUCUUCGGUGACUGCGUGUAAUAACCUCAUUCGAUGCUCUAUGGGAGCGCUUCUGGUUUCCGUGAUCGACUUGAUUCUUCAGCAGAUUAACACUGGAUGGACAUUUGUUCUUCUAGGGGGAAUUUGUUUCAUCUCCGUGCCCAUGGUUUGGCUGGCAGUGCGUAUUGGACCUCGCUGCCGUGCUGGCAGACAGCAGCCUGAGAUUGCGUCUUAAAAAUAACGCUUCAAUGCCUUUUGGCCAGGUGCCAGUUCGUAUUGCAGAAUUAGAAUUACGGUCUUAAUGUCUUUCUGUCUGAAAAUCCCCUCACACAG